GUAAUUUUUUUUUUGCAGGCAUUGUGAUCAAUAUCUCUCGGAUUGAAGCGAUUGCGUGAAACGAAUAUCCAAGCUUUAUUUUACACCAGCCUCUUGUUCCAGCAGAAACUAUCACGAUGACGAGCUCAUAUACUCCUGGCGACCUUGUGUUAGCAAAAAUGAAGGGAUUCUCGCCGUGGCCUGGACGAAUCGCUCACCCUGAAGAAGAAAUGGGACCUGUAACCAAAAAGAAACCGAAGAAAACUUCUCAAUGGGUCUAUUUUUUCGGAACUGGCGAUUAUGCCUGGAUCGAAAUGGAGAGUAUCAAGCCGUACUACGACCACCGCGAGAAAUUCGCGAAAACGUGCAAAACGGGCGGAUUGAAGCGAGCUUUGGAAGCCAUUGAAGAUUAUAUCGAACAACAUCCGGACGCUUUGAAACCAAUAAAAGUAAAGAAUGAAAUAUCUGAAGAUGGAGCCGGCAGUUCUACGAGCACCCCGACACAACCACGGAAGAGUGAAAGUUCUGCGACGAAGAGAAAAUCUACAAAUGAAGUGGCAUCCGGAAGUGGGAGCAAAAAACCCCGUAUCCCGAAAACACCUAGUGCUCGGUCAGGAGAUGGUGCUGGCCCAUCAUUCGAUCGCAAUGACCGUCCAACAACAGUUGUUCACUCGACGAUUUAUGUGAAUCAUGUGGACAGCCCUCGGAUUCGUGGUGUUGGUGAUUCAUUGCUUCACCGUCCCACGCCAUUGGCAAGAAAUACUCCGUCACCUGUGGAUGUUGGAACAAUUUCCGAGAGCCUUAGAAACAAGCAUAUUCGUGCAUCUGAUCUCAAAUUUGGCUUCAUUGGAAUCGGGAUGAUGGGCAGCGGGAUUCUCAAGAAUUUACUCAAUUCAGGACACAACGUCACUAUUUGGUCUCGUAGGGAUGAUGCAACCAAACCCUUCUUAGAAGCAGGAGCUCAUCCAGCUAUGACACCGUCAGAUGUAGUUGCUGCUGCAGACAUCACGUUUGCGUGUAUAACAGAUCCUAGUGCCGUUCGUCAGAUUGUGUUCGGAAAUUGUGGCGUUCUGCAAGAAAUGAAGUCUUCGAAAGCAUAUGUUGAGAUGUCAACGAUUGACCCGAAGACUUCGAUCGAUAUUUCUGAAGCGGUGACUAUGCGUGGUGGGAGGUAUUUGGAGGCUCAGAUGGCUGGAAGCAGACAACAAGCGCGUGAUGGCAAUCUUGUCAUCAUUAGUGCUGGCGACAGGACUCUAUUUGAGGACUGCACCACCUGCUUCUCUGCAAUCGGACACAAAUCGUUCCACAUCGGUAAUUGUUUCUUUUUUCUCAUGAACGGAACCAUUUUUGGUUGUAGACUGAAGAGGAAAGAUGGGGUUGGAAACGCGUGCAAGAUUAACCUUUUCAUUCAGGCGCUCAUGGGAGUUCAGACUGCUGCAUUGGCUGAAAUUAUGACGAUGGUGGAGCAAACAGGGCUAAUGCAGACCGAUUUCUUGGAGAUUUUAUCUUCUACUGACGUACCGUCAAAAGUGAUGCUCCAAAAAGCAAGUGACGUUUCGCGAUUCGUAGCUAUUAUCGGCGGCCAAAUACCGAAUCCGAGCCACAGUACGGCGAACAUGAAAAAGGUCCUUAAAUUGGUACUGGACGUUGCCGAGGAUGUAGACCAGACUCUGCCCGUGACCGCCACUGCGCACGAGCUCUUCAAAUACACAAUGCGUCAGGGCUACGGACAUCAAGACGACUCAGCCGUUUACAACCGGAUCAACUUUGUUACGUCGUGUGUUCCGUGCGAAAUCGGGAAACUUCUGAAUGCCGGAAGUUGGUUGGGCGGUUAUUUGUACGAAGAACAUGUUUACGAAAUUAUAUUUCCAACUUCGUUGAACAUGGUUUACAUCAUUUUUGGCCAGUUAAGUGGGAGUCGCGAUUACAGAGACCUUCACCGACAUCCAAGAUUACGGAUGCCACCAGCUGCAGAAGAUGACUUUGAACCUCCAUCACCUGCGCCUGGAGGGCAUUCUUUAUUCGCAGCGCCUGUGAAAGCCGACGUAGAAGAUGAGCUCACGCGUCGAAUUAUUGACUCUCUGGGCGACUUUCGAGUUGUUGAACCGCAAGUCACCAACUCAGCUUCAGCUGCAAUCUUGUUUGGCGUUGAUCAAAUGCCUCCCACGCCGUGUCCCAGAGAACCGAUCCAUGAACCAGACGAUGUCGUUUCUUCUUCAUUCGACCCCGUGCCAGAGCCCGUGGAGCAACGCCGGCAUUACGACUCUCAUCACUUCGCGUUCCCACAUCGGCCAAAGCCGCCAAUGGCGCCUCCACCUCCGCCUUCGUUGUCGUCGUCAUUUUCGUCAAAUUCUAGGCAGCAUGCUUCUAGUCGGUUUCCUCCUUCAAAAACGACACAGCCGAGAGUCAAUGGCUUCGUCCAACCUGAGCCCAGAAGUAUCGUUGAUGUGAGAAGGAACGACCCUGGACUUUCGCAUCAGUCCAAUAAGCGGGGCAUGAGUCCACCCAAAAUGAAAUUAGGAACAUUUUUGUACCAAGACGUGGUCUCACCAUAUGAACUAUCCGUUUUGUCUCCGCAGCCUCGUUGUGAAACCAUCGAUGAAAGUGCGGUCAACAACAUGCUUCAUGAAAUGAAAGAGCUGCCGUCCACACCGUUGACUGGGAUCGCUCAGACACCGAUGCGCUCUCCUCCACAUCCAUUACCGGCGUUCGCGUUCCUUGGUCCGCCCGUUACGCCGAGCUGCAUGAUGACCCCGAUGCACAAUCCGAUUGACACGCGGGAGGACGAAAUUCAUGUUGCAUCUCCGCCUCGACAGAUGGCUCCUCCUCGACAGCCGUCUCCGUUUAAGCGGAAUAAUUUGCCAUUGCCACAGAAGCCGUUGCGUGAGAAGCCCGCAUCCGUUUGUCUUUCUGAAGAAAGCGAAGACGACGCAGAAGCGAAAGUCAUUUCGAAGCCUGAAAGCCGACCGGAAGUUUUGGCGCGGUCCACUGAACGAUUGCCUCCGAAAGAAGCUGGGAAAAUUGAAAUUCCGGCCGAAAGGCAGACCGACCGGAUACCUCAACCUGCUACAGCUCAUGGGAAAGGAGUCUCGCCGAAUGAUGGUGAUAUGAAACAAAAUCAUAGCUGGAGUCUACGAGCCUUUCUGGAUCCUGAUGAUGGGAAAAAUCGAGCAGCUGCGAAGAGUCCACCGGCAGCGCCAAGUGCGAGUUCCACCAACGUCGGCAGCAUAUUACCCAUGCUCAGUCCGAUCCAUUCGCCGAUGCCUGUAAGUAAAAUACGGUCAGCCAGCGAGGACAAACGUACGCCCACGCGCCGUAGCCGCCGCACCAGCGCGCGACGGUCCGCCGAAGUAGAAUCCGUCCCAGUACCGGCGCCCACGCCCGUUGCAAUAACGAAGCCGUCCCCACGGGCCAGCAGUAAACUUUCCACCGAUUCACCAUUUUCUUCCCCGGCGGCGCAUAGAAGACGGAAACAGCGCAAAAAGCGCGGUGCUUUGAACCGUGCGACGAAUCGCGUCUUUGCCGAAGACUCUUCGGAAGACGAAGGGAAUGAUGCUGCAGGAAGCAAUAACGAAGGGUCGGUUUCUCAGCGACGGAGACGCGUGCCGUCGGCCUCGGUGACACCCGUCGUUUCUGUGAAUCGACGACCUCAGACUGGAAGUGAUGACGAUGACGAAGAAAUUCAGCGAAACUUGGUGGAUCGCGCCGAGGCGCCGCCGUUCUUGCCGCAGAAACGCUGUGGUCGAGAGAUCGCGCCUCGGGCGGGCAGGAUGUCGUCACCGUGGCAACAAACUUACCCUCGACACCAGUUCUCGCCGUCGACACAGAGCGAAAAGGUUUCAUCGAAAAAGAACGAUGAUGACGAGGAUUUGAUGGGAACUUCCACGCAAUCCCCGCAUUCUGCAAGGAAUAGAUUCAAAAUUGGUGCUAAAGGUACCAAGAAGAAACCCUUUUCAUCUUCUUCGUCUGCGGAAUCCAGUGACGAAUCGCCAAAAAAUAUAGACAACGCAAAAAUGCACAUAAUCGCGAGGCUUUUUCAGCGGAAAACGGAGAGAGCCGACGGACGCGGAACUUCCGAAGAAGCCAAGGAAGAAGUCGAAGAUAAACGAAUGUCUUCGCGGGCCUCGUCUUCUCGGUCGCCGAGCAAAACCAUUGAUAAGGGAAGAAAACGAAACUCGGAAUCCAUGCGCAAAGCACUGGAUUCUGAUUCGGAUCUGGAUCGUGUAGAUGCGCCACCAGCGAUGAAAAAGCUCUCUCUACCGAGUCCAUUAUCUCCACUCUCUCCACCAUCUUCCUCUGAUUCCGGCUCAUCUUCUUCGUCGCCAACGCGAAUAUCUCGGAAAACCAAGCAGCAAGAUGAAAAACCUCUGCAACGGCCUCCGAAGCAGCAGAAAGUUCAACAACCACAACAAAGCCGCGCGCAAGUGGAGCAGUCGAAAACGCUUACCAAAAAGAUUAGUGAUAGGAACUGUGAUGAGCCCGGACGAGCGAAAACGCGACGGAAGAUGACCUUAGCGUCCAUGGCUCGUCGGGAAAGUGACACCAGCGAUGAAGACGAGCUAGAAGACGGUGAAGUGUCGCCGUCUAGUCCUGACGAGGAGGAUGACGUGGAAGAAGUCAAAGCCCCCGGGUCCAUCUUGCGAGGUAGCGAAGAGUCGAGUGACGAGAAAUCCAAGCCAAGAAGGACUCCGACUUUAAGUGUAGAAGCGAAGCGUAAAUGCGAAGAAAAUAACGAGGAAGAAAGCGGCGCGGAUCGGGUAAAGGAGGCAAGUGCGAGUCCUGAUCCGCGUAAGCGACGAUCCACGGGUGUGUCUUCAGCCCCUGCACCGACGAAUCCGGGGAUUCCGAAUGGAGUUGUUCCCGAUUUGCGGGUCUCAAUUCCGUUGAGUCUGUUGAGAAGCAUUCCGAAGCCGAGUCCCAGUCUGGGCGUUCCGUUAGACUUGGUGCAACGUUUGUGGAUUUCCUUCGAUCGAAGAUGUGUGAAGCUCAAGGCAGAUCGGGUUGAGCCCGUUAUGGCGCCUGCCGAUUCGGCCACAGAUCCUGACAAGCUGCCACCACAGGCAGCUGUGGAAGCUGAUUGCUGUCCGCGCUUCCGACACCACCGCCACAAUCACCAUCACCAUCGCGAUCGCGAUCGGCAUCAUCGCCGCCGCCGCCACAAGCGGCGAAGCAGUGUCUCAAGCUCCACCUCGUCGGACUCCACGUGUAAGAGGCAUCUCAAGCGAAAGAAGCACAAACGGAAGCGACGGCAUAAGCGACUCAAAAGUGCGGAUAAAUUUGGCUCGUCGGACUCGGACCGCAAUUGCAGCUCGAAUCCAGAUCCAAAGGACGGUACGAUAGGUGGGAGCGGAGUGGACGGAGGAAAGAAAAGUGGUGGUGCGGUUUCUGCGCAUUCUACGCCGAGGAGGGACGUGGAGGCGGAUUCGAGCACAGCGAACGUAUUGUUGGUAAACGGGGUGGAAGGAAUCAUGGAUGCUGACGCUCGGACGAGAUACGGGAGUGAUAUGAAGGACCAAGUGUAUUUCGAACAAGCAAGGAUGGACGUGGAUUCAUUUCAUCAAUCGAAACCGGACUCAUUACAGCCGCAGCCAAACCUGACGGGCUACAAAGUAUCCGCUCGACGAGAUGGCCUCUUGGGAAGCGUGAUGGACGACGAUGACCCGAACGGCGUCCGUCGGUUGGGGCCAAUACCACAGCAGCAGCAACAGCAGCCGCAGUUGCCGCCGUAUGAUUCACUUCACCGCGCUGCGGCGUAUGGGUACCUGACCCCGACUCAAGGUUCCGUGGGAUACCAUCCCAUGAACCUGCAUCUUCACGGUUACGUUGAUGGACGCUAUGAUUUGAUUAAACCGGAACCUGGGGUUGCGAGCUUCUCCGGAGGUCCGCACCCGGGUUUCUUCGAGAUGCGACGAAGACAGGCAACGAGGCUCAGCAGCAUGCCGGACAGCGAACUUGGGGGGAGUUUUCUCGAGGAUGCGAAGCGGUUGAAGAAUAAGGCGGAUGGCGAAACUGAUAAAAAUCGUCAAGUGAUGAUCUACAUGGAAGCGGUGCUCAAACACAUGUUAGCAGCGCUAAGCAUGGAGAAAAACCAAACGGCGGAACGGAGUUCCGUUAGAAUGUAUCAAGAUACGCUUAGUCUUAUUGAGUCGAGGCCAAUAUGCAGACACUUGAGGUCAAAAUUGAUGCACGAAGGAGCGACGGGUCCGAGCUCAGUGGACGCGAAAUUGUACAUCCUCUGUCUUCGGUCGCGGUCGUUACUGAAUCUCAAGCUCUUCAAACUCUUCAAGGUGGAAGCUCGGGACAGUCAGCCGUUGGCUGACGACCAUUUCAACAAGUCUGUGAAGCCAGAGAGCUUGGCGAGCCUGAGUGGAGCUUCCGGGGGGUCUCCCGUGUCACCAAGCCCGUCACCUGCCAGUUCCGUGGGCUCGCAAAGCUCGGGCUACGCGAGCAACGGCGGCGGUGGCGGCGGAAUGGGAACCGGGGCUAGUGGGGCGCUGACACCCGACCGGGAUUCCGCCUCCGCCGCCCUUCUUCAUCCGCACCAUCAGCAGCACCAUCACCUAGGGCCCGGCCAGACGCGACCGGCGCCCGUCGCGAUGCACCUGUCCGUUUCCGUUCCGCUGUACGUGCACGUCGCCUUGUCGCAGCUGAACACGCUGCACAAGUACCUGACGGCGGCCUUUGCGUUGUGGGACGAAUCCGACGACUUGAUUGAAAAAACCGGUUCUUUCGGAUUUUUUGUGGAGCUAGAACGGAAAGCUGGUCCGUUGUCACUGCACUCAUCCAUGCUGGAACUUGUAUCCUAUGUUACCAAUGGCUUGGAACUUGCCAACGACUUGCUGCACCAGCAGGAAGAAGAUCUGCUGCGCCAGCCAGCCAACUUCCGGGGGUGACGCAAGCGCUACCUCCUCGCGGAGAGGGAGAUCAAGCGAUUCGGAGGAAGCAGAGAAUGAUAUCGCCCGUUUCCUGCUUUUUUCCCCGCCUGAGCGGAGAAUUUUCUGCGGAAACCAUUUUUAUAUUGCCAAAAUUGGAUGUGGGUGAGAAUGGAGAGGUUGGGAACUGCACCUUCUUUUUCGGCGGGGCAGGAAAGCAAGUAAGUCUGGCUGCGUUUUUCGAAGCGUGCAGGUUGCCGCCGUGUCUGUUUCGUCGCAAAAGAGUUUUUUUUUUGUAAGAGAAGUUGGGAACAUAAGCAGGAUUUUGGGUCUCCUGCUGUUUCGGUGCUGCUUUUAUUUUUCCUCGUGUUCCCUCAAUCAUCUCGCCCUAUCAGAAAGAGUGACAUUCCUGUCUUUCGAGAGGUUCAGUUUUGAUUUCGUUGAUCCCUGUGGUCUUCGAAGGUUGACUGCGAAGAGCGUUGAACUUUUUUCAAUCUAUUACUGGCUUCGAGGGAAUAAUUUCAAUUUUUCUCUAAUUUAUCUAUGAUCCAGAUGCGUACUCCAAGUGCAAUCAACUCUUGACUUCUCAAAAACGUAUUCAUUGUUGAAUUGAAAAAAUAAUAUUUCUAUUUGGUGGUUGAAGUCUUUAAAAAUAUCUUCGUUUACCCUUUUUCAUUCUUGUGACUUGUGAGUCCCUAGCCGUUUUACGUACCUAGUUUCUCGGAGAAUAUGGCUGAAGUUUAUCAAAUUUCCCACAGAAAAAUGGAGCCGGGCUUAUUUUGUGUGCACCUUUUGCCUGUUGAACGGAAAAUCUCCCUAUUCUCAAAUUGCAAAAUGACAACCGGUUAAUGUCGUGGAGGUGAAUACACAUAAAAUUUGUGUACUUCCUUCAAUUUCAUUUAAAUGAAUCCUUAUAUUUUCUCAUUUGCUGCAUUACGUUCUAAUUUUGGUGUCACGUUUUAUAUUUUAAUAUAUUUGCUGAUUUACCUAGCCAUUUUUUGUCCUGAACAAGAAUUGUCUGGGCCGGGUUGUGGUAAGGCUGAUUGUUUCAAUCGGUCAUGCAUUCGGGUAAUGAUGUCUAAAGCUCGCUCACUAAAAUGUAAGAUGUGUCUCGUGCUCGUGCGCUUGCGAUCUUUUUUUUCUUUCAAGUGUCGUUGCGUUAACUGCUGAAAAGUUGGAACAUUUCACCGUAGCUUGGGAAAAGUUCAAUGCUCUUGAUCGUUUUUGUUCCAUUCAUUAGAAUCUUGUGAAAGUUGCGCCAUUGAGUUUAAAUCAUUUUUGGGGGAGAAAUUAUUACGAGACACGCUGCUAGUCAAAACAAAAUUUUUACAGGGGAUGGAGAGGAAACUUUCGGACAGAAAACAUAUGUAGAAGCCUAGAAGGUGAAGGAUUGUUUUUUUUUUUACACAAGGGGGCCAAAAGAUCAUGCGGAGACAACGAGAAGGAAGAAGAUCUGGGAAAGAAAAAUUGGGAUCGUAGAUUUUUGUCGGUGUGUGACGCUUUUUCUUUUUUGACGAUUUUGAAAAAUAAAACGGUGUGGGGGAAUAUUUUUUGCCAAGAGUUGGAACUUCCAGGGAAUCCGUUUUUGUGUUACGCUCGGUGAUUUUUUUUUUAUUUGUAUCAAGUAUGCGAAAGAGCACUGGGAAAAUUUUUUCGUGGGUGACAAAAUUUUGGAAAUUGUUUUUUCCUUCUUCUCCGGGAAUACUCUAAAAAAUUCGUGACUGAUUUUUUUAUGCCCCGUUUUUUAAGAAGUGUUUUUUUUUUGAGUUUGACUAAAAUUCGUGUGUCGCCUCAUGGAAAAGGACUUGGGAAAACAACUCGGGAGCCCUUUUAUUUUAUUUUUCUGCCUUGUAAAACGUUCAGCGUCGUAUCGAGCCCGCAGCCUGAAGGUACUUCAUAGCAUUUGUUUCAAAGUUUUUGAUUUGCUUUUAUUUUUUGUACAAACCACGGUUGAAGGAAAUGCGGAUUCGAUAAAAAACAUAUUGAGGAUUUGUUUUCUUUCAGGCUUAGGCUACGUGGCGUGAUUUUUUCUCUUUCUCUCGGGACGUGGGGGGCCUGGACGGUUGCGUUGGGGUGGUGCACCACCGGUUUUAUGCGCCACGGUUUGAGCAUGUGUGGGUAAAACACGGUUGUGUGGAAGAGUCCAGUUCGGUGCCUGUCUGGGGUAGGCAAAGACUGUGCAGAAAUUGGUUGUGAUCUUUUUCCUCCUGUUCGGAUCAGCAGAGUUCCUUGAAAACCUGCGAAACUUCCCAAAUGAUUUACCAGAGCUUUCAUGAAGUUUUUUGUGUUGCCGCAGUUUUUAUCCUCUUUGUGGAUUUGUUCCGUCAACGAAAGCUUGCCGUGGUUCCAUGACUUAUUAUAUGCAUUCAAGUGACGGAGGUUGGCUCAAAGUAUCAGUACUCGACCGUGUUUCCCUGAAAUUAUGCCUAAUAGUGUUUCCACUUAAACAAUAAUGUAUGUUGCUGCUGAUUGCGUGAUCUGCAUACUCGUUGUUAGAACAGGUACAUUUCAGAUAUGAUUCCAUCUUUCCUGGACAUUACCAUUUUCAGCGUAAAAAUUGUGAGUAUAGAUCAGUGCUGUCCAACCCAAAUGUGGCCUAGGGCCACAUUAAUACAUUUUUGUGUCCAAGGGCCACAUUGCAGAGGUGGAGAGUUUUUGAGGGCCACGAUAGAUAAUAAUGUCGAUGCCCCAAAUGUUCCCCUUUUAGAAUGUUAAAUUGAAUUCCGUGCAAUGUAUUAAAUCACAAGCAUAGCUUAAUAGGAUUAGAUGAAGGGUGGAGCAACAUUUUGAAUUUUUAAAUUGAUCUUCCAAUAUACAGUACAGUAUAAUAUGAAGAGUGGCAGCUGCUACCUUGAAAGUUUUGGGAAAAUUACUGUGGGAUAGAUGAAGAGUCUCUGCAGCCCAUAUGUUUCACAGCACUGGUGUAGAUCAACAGCAAAUGUAACUGCAACAUUUCAUGUAGGUUCUGUAUUUAUUCCUUCAAAACAUCACUAUUAUUUGAAUUCCGGGUUGAAUCGUGCUGGCGUUGCGUGAAAUUUCGUCUUUUAAUUACUAUACCCCCCCCCCCGAUUCACAUUAAUUUAAAUUCGAUGUUCUUUCUUCUUAAUUCUUUCUUGAUACAGUUUUUAAGAUUUCCCUGUUUUUAACGUGAAAGAUUUAGAAAUAAAGUGGCACAUGGAGAUUCUCAAUUUCUACAAAGUACUGUACAUGAUUAGAUGACUGAAGUGUCUUGUUGAAAAUCUUUUAAUGAAUUUUUGGAUUGUGUGCGUGAUGCCAAUUGCCAAGUGAAUCAAUGUGAAAAGAUGUCACUGGCCGUCAGUUUGUAAUCUUUUUUUUUAAUUUUCAGUCCGGUAUUUAUAUCUCUCAGUGCUGGUUGAUUAGCGUUUCUGAUAUAGCUGCAAUGAUUAUGAUACUCCGGUGAAAGAAAUGCCAUUGGGCUUGCAUGUUUGAUUGAGUAUAAUUUUUUGGGGUAUGACUUGAAGCAACUGAUGUAGCCGAAGUUUUGCUAACGCUUUGUUUUUAUUUUGCUGUUAGGGUCAUAUUUUUGGGAAAACACGGUGCGUUUGACCGAAAUAUUUUAUUCCGGUUUCACGUUCGCAGCAUCGUGAUUACAACUUCCGACUUUGUUUGAAGAUAUUUCUUGCCAGAUGAUGCAUUCGUAUGACGGUGCUUUCAGCGCAUGCAAAUUGUUUGAUGUAGAACAUAACCUGGUUGUUACGGACAAUGCUUUAAAAGGCUUCCGUGGUUGUGCGUGAACUGCUUCCUAUAUGCGACGUGGCUUAAGUUCUGGGUUUUUUUUUUUCUCGAUCCAGAUUAAUCGGUCGCACAAUGCAUUUUUGAAAGAUUGGGAUUCCCUCAAUCGUGGCACAUGCUCAAACCGUGGCGACGUGUUUCAUUGAGUGUGACUCCCGUGCGCUUGUGGAGUGGCCGCAAAGGCGAAGCUUACAAUCCCGGUUUCAGAUUGAAUUCCCCUCCGACUGAUUUUUCUUUCAUUUCGUUUUCAUUUAACAACAAACAAAUGAUGUUCUCGUAAUGCCUUCUUUGGUGCCGCGAAAGAAAGAAAGUUUCAAUUUCUGCGCGGAAUGAAGGAGAAAGAAAAAUACGUGCUCAGUUUUUUGGCGCAUUUACGAACCGAAAUGGGCGCGAGGAAUUUGGUGAAAAGAGAAGGUAAAGCAACACUUGCCGCGUUUUUUUAGGUUGUUUUUUGCCUGACCUUUCGAUUUGAUCCUGUUUCGGUUCGAGAUGAGAGUAUUCGCACCCUUUUAUUUUUAUUUUCGGGUUUUUUUUGUCCAACAUUUGAGGGAUGAGUUUUUUGUGAGAUGAUGAUGAGGCGGACUUGAGGAAUCUUGCGCUGCUUGCUGCUGCUGCUGGAAGAGAAGUUAGUGAAUCGAUUCGUGCUUGCUAUGUUGUGUAAACAUCAGUCUCGCUCUGAUUCACGGGACUCGAUUAUGGAAUAAAAGGGAAGAAAUAUCGUCUGCAAUCAAAACGCAGCUUUGA